AUGGAAGGCCUCACCCCAACGCAACUAGCCUCCUUCCAAGAAAAAGGCUAUCUAGUCCUCCCCGACCACCUAACACCCUCCGAAAUCACCUCCCUCCUCACAGAAACGCAGCACCUCCUCGACACCUUCCCACUGGACACGCACCCGCUAACGCAAUUCACGACCGGCGACGACCUCAAAGACAACAAACCGCACGUCGGCGACGACUACUUCCUGACGUCGGGCGACAAAAUCCGCUACUUCUUCGAGCCCGACGCCUUCUCCCCAUCGCCCGACCCGGCCACCGGCAAACCCGCCCUCCUGAAGCCGAAGCAGCAAGCGGUGAACAAGAUCGGACACUCGCUGCACAGUCUCUCGGCGCCGUUCCGAGCCGUGUCGCUGUCGGAGCGCAAUGCGGCGAUCGCGAGGUCGUUGGGGUUCAAGGACCCCCGCGUGCUGCAGAGUAUGGUGAUAUGCAAGCAGCCGGGGAUUGGGGGCGCCGUGCCGCCGCAUCGGGAUUCGGAGUUUUUGUAUACGGAUCCGCCGUCGGCGGUGGGGUGGUGGUUUGCGUUGCAGGAUGCUGGGCCGGGGAAUGCGACGCUCGGGAUGUAUCCGGGUUCGCAUCGGGGGAGGGCUGGGGGGAAGGUGAAGAGGAGGUUUGUGAGGAGGUCUAAUGAUGAGGGAGUGGUGGUUGGCACGGAGUUUGUGGAGAAUGAUGGGCCCGGGCUGCCGAGAGGCAUGGAGGAAGGGGAGGUGGAGGGGCAGGGGCCCAAGGAGGAGGAUGUGGAGGUUUUGGAGGUGAAGGCUGGGUCGUUGGUGUUGAUUCAUGGCAAUGUUUUGCAUAAGAGCGAGAAGAACACUAGUGAUCGGAGUCGGUUUGCCUAUACGUUUCAUGUUAUUGAGGGUGCGGAUGGGUGGAAGUAUGAUGAGAGGAAUUGGUUGCAGCCCCCGGAGGAUGGGGAGGGCUUUUCGAAGUUGUAUCAAUGA